AUGUCAAAAUUAGACCCCAAACCCGAGUCCGACGUGGCUCUCAAGACACAAUCGAGUGUACUGCUCUACCACAACGCCCCCACGGGUCUCAAAACCUCGCAAACUGCCGAAUGUUGUGCGUUUAUCCGCGACAAGUGUCUUCCCGCCGUCAUCCCACAGCCCAACAGCGGCCAGCUAUUUAUAAAAUAUGCAACUAAAAACACAAACACAGAGGAGUACGUUACCGAAAUGGUACAGCAGCUGCUACUAAAUAAUACGGUAGUCGUUUAUGCUUAUGGGCCGCACAUCCAGCGCGCUAUCACGAUUCUCGAGCUCGUCAAGGCACGAGCCGAGAUCAAAAAAGCGCACCAGACAAACUCCCUGGAUCGUUUUGUAAACGUUGUGCCUGGCAGAAACGAAUUGCUAGACCGCAAGAUCAACGUUCCAAUACUGAUCGCCGUCCUGGGUCAGGAACAGUCCUCCCCGUAA